AUGGUAGCUAAUUACUUGGCCACGUAUGUGAUAUCUUGGAGUUAUUGCAUGACGUCAGAGCACGCGCAAGAUGUAUCAGGAUUAGAAGCAGGUCAUUUGUUUUUGAUUGCCGCUGUCAUCGCUGUAUCUUCAGCAGCACGUCUUGAACAUCUGGAAAGGUCCUACCUUCCACCAGACUCCAACUCAGUAUCUGGAGGCUUUGGAUCCCACGGGUCCAAUGGAUUCGGAUCUGGUCACUUUGGCGCUAGUGCUCGAGGAUCCCAAGGAGGUUUUAACGGAGGUAAUGCUGGGGUGGACAGUGGCUUCUCUGGAUCUCUGAAUGGAUUUGGAUCAAGCAACAACGGCGCUGUCGACGGUUUGAAACAAUACUUGCCUCCUCAUCAAUCUGGAUCUAACUUUGGUGGAUCUGCUAUCAAACCUGCUUGCUCAACAUGUGGAUUCGCACGUCAACAGUCAUUCGGAGCCCAGGUACCAAGCACUCAGUAUGGCCAGCCCCAAUUCGCUGCUCAACCUAGCAACCAAUACGGCCAGCCCCAAUUCACUGCCCAACCUAGCAACCAAUACGGCCAGCCCCAAUUCGGUGCCCAACCCAACCACCAGAGCCAGCCAAUCGGCGCCCCGUCCCAUCAGUUUGGAUCUAGCUCCCAAAACCAAUUUGGUGCCAACUCCCAAUACAACCAGCAUCAAUCAGCUCCAUCCACCAACGGCUUUGCAUCCCGCUUCGGCCAGGACUCUGCCGCCAGCCGCCAAUACUUGGCACCGAAGACUCAGGAGAUCCCUCAACAGCCAUUUGACGAACAAACUGGUUACCAAUACUAA